AUGGCAGUGCGGAUAAGCUCCCCUAUUCUUUCUGUGGUAGUAAGAUGGACCAACGACAAGAUGAUCUUCAAUGCUGAUGAGGCCCAUAACAUAGUUAAGGAGUGCAUAGAAAGUGUUUUAGGCAAGGCAGAUUAUAAUCACAAUAAAGUCAACCAGUGGACUGCUGCUAUAGUGAAGCAGUCACUGACAUAUCUGGUGAAACUUGAAAAAACAUACAAGUACAUAGUUACCUAUGCAGUGGUGCAGAGGAGUGGAGCUGGUCUUCACACAACAAGGUCGUGCUUCUGGGAUACCACAACUGAUGGAACCUGCGCAGUGAGAUGGGAAAACCAGACAAUGAACUGCAUUGUCAAUGUGUUUGCUGUUGCUAUUAUCCUGUAGCUGGCUGGAAGAUAAAGAUAAGCAUCACCUUUAAAAAAAAAAUCAUCCAAACGUAUGGCUAAAUAUUUCAAACUAUUAUUUGUUUCUGUAUGAGGAGCAUACAGAAAUUCUCUACAGAGAGCAUUGUAGUGGGUUGGCUUUUGGAUUUUUUAGGCCUUCCUUAGCAACGAGGUCAGAAAUCUAAGGAAGUAUUCCAUAUCAUCCUUUAACUUAACACAACAUAUAAAUAAGGCGGAGAUAAGAGAGCUCGCUCUCUUCGCUCUUCUGGUGGCUGAAGGUGACAGAUCUCUCUGUAGAUGGUUUUUGCUUGUAUAGGCCAAGGCCUUUCUGCUCCGACCUGCCAUUAUCUCCGUUCCCUUUGGGAGGCAUGGGGAGUUAGUUCUGCUGUCUCCUUCAGGGAAGUAUUUAAUUCAAUUUUUUUUAUUUAUUCACUAGCUCUAUAGUAAUGGUGUAUAUUUGGAGGAUAUUUGGUUUAGUGGGGUUUUUUUAAUCCCUGCUUCCCCUUCCCUUUUCCCUUUUUUCCUCCUUGGGAGCUCCCUGUUGGGUGUACAAUAUAUUCAAAUUGUAUAUAUAAUUGUAAAUAUAUGUUUUUGCUAUAGCUUUGGCUAUUUGGGUUUUUUUCUUCCCUCUCUGGGGAGUAGACUUUAUUCUGGGUCUCGGCAAUUUGGCGGAGAGCCAGCUCGAAAUUACACCCUUGUGUAAGCCAGUUCUCAUCGAUUAGUUAUCUGAAAGCUAGCAGAAAAUUUUAAUACAUAUAUGUAUCUUAUCUAAAGAGAAAGUCACUUUUAUCAAAAAUGCACAGUGGAGAUCUUGAUGGACAUUAUCUCUGUCAUGCUUGACAUGAAAAUCAAGUAGAUGCUUAUUCAUUGUUUCACUGGAAAUAUAAGAGCUCUCAAACUCAGAAAACGAUGCUCUCAGUAUGGAGUAUCUCUGUUAGCUCUUCACUAUCAGGAAUUAAAAAUAAACUUGUGAACUUGCUUAGUAGAAGGGAAAUUCAUGAGAAGCUGAUAGAGAACUGAUAAACAUUAGUGGGGUUUCCUGUGAUGCAUCUCCUUGCUGCCAAAGGUGUCAACAGUAGCAACAUUUUAAUUCCAAGAGCAUGAGUUCAGGGACACUGAUCAUUAUCUUGUUACUUGUGGUCAUUUCUUUCUCACACAGUUCCCCCAAUUUCCAACAAGAUUUCUAAAGGCUGAAGAAAAAGCCAUGACCUCUUUCAGAGAUACAAACUGGCUGGGAUAGAGUUGGCAAUACCCUCUAUCCGUUGAGGUAUCAGUAGGUGGUACUUGGUUCACAGCCUAAAUAUACGUCAAACAGCAAAAGCAGUUCCAUGUUCUUUACAGUGAACAUAUUGGUCAUUCACAUGAUCAUUAUUACUGGUCCAACUUAGCCAGAACUUUACAAAGUUUUAACUGGAUGGAUGAGCCCAAGGCUGCAGCAACACAGAGCCCAGUGUGGGGUGGGACACUUCUACAGAUAGGGAGGUGUCUGCCCUCUACCCUACCUUCCCUGUCCAAGGACAUGGAGAUUUGUCAUUCACUAUUCAAGCUGUGCUCUGGGGCUGCGGAUCCUGGAGCAGGACUCCUCGUCUUUCCAUUCAGUUCUGUCAGUGUCCACUUCUGUUGUGCAACCUCUCUCUACCUCUGCUCACGGUGCUGUGGCUGCCAUGGCGUUGCUACAGAGUUAUCCAUCAACAAGGAACAUGCCUUGUCCACAAAAUCUUGCAACUUAUUGAUGCCUUUUUUUUUUCCAGCACGC